AUGUCAUUCAUUUUUGGACGUCGCCGGUCGCAAUCAGACGCGGCCACCGACCACGCUGAUGCCGGCUUCAGAAGAUCAAGUCAAGAGUGCCAUUCACCCUCGGGCGCUUAUCGGGACGAGGCGACCGAUUCGGGAAUCCUUCAUGGCUUAUUUCGCAAGCGCAGUGAUAGCGCCCUGUCUUUAGAUUCGACUAAGGAUACCCGGAAACAGAGUCGAGACAAAGGACAGCAACCAGAUACCAAGGACCUUCCAGUACGGGAAAGAGGGCGCGAUGCGAAUCGGCGAGGAUCUAGAGAUUCUACUCCCAGUACUUCAUCAGGAAGAGGAAGCCCUGACCCCCAUUGUGCAGCGGCGCAUAGCGAACCCAAACAGCCGGGAAACAUUCAAGACUACCUGGACUAUCGACUCGAAAAGGCGGGUCUGCCGGAGGACAGUACUGAUCCCAAGGUCUCCUCGGAGCAUGGGUCGGUUCUAACCAAGAAAGAUGUCAAAGCACUUCUUUCCGGGGCACCUCAUUUCAUGCUGGAGCGAGGCAAACAUGGUCGUUGGUACCCACAAGUCAUCUUUCCCUGGGAUGACCACAAUCCUUCCAUCCAACGCAUGUUGGACCGCAAGCCCCUCGCUCAUGCAUCGUUCACACUGUGUACGUUACAUGCUCAUCUACCAGUUCCCGACGACUGGGCCGUGAAAGGGGGCGUACCUAUCCCUCUGCAAGACUGGCAUCGGUCGGGGGCUUUCAAAAGAGCUGCGUUCGACGUUGGAGUCUUUGAAGUUCCGAAUAUGCUGGGAAACAAUGGCAAGGAGCCGGGCACUAUCGGCUUUCGCAAUUUCCUGGAGCUUUCUAAUGCGGACCUGCUGAAAUACACUGGGCCCGAACUACCCAGAGAGCCCUUCAAUAUGCAACGGGUCUCGUCACUUCCUGCCACUGAAGCGUUUGAGCUGAUGGAUCAGUAUAACAAACCAUAUUCCCAAUGUCUUAGUGGCGCCGUAUUCGACCGGCGCAAGCUCAUCAAGGACGGCCCCCCUGGAUGGAAGCGCAUUGGCGUGCGAGAUGUCAAUAUCAGAUAUCUCGUCCAGCGUCUCGACCAAUUACGACAGUUGCGCCUCGAUGUACUCCGCCAAGGGUCAACUAUCACCAUUCUAGACGUUGAGUCGCCACAUGAACUUCAUAACAUCCUGCAUACACACUUCCUCCAUCCUCACCCACCUCCCGCAGAUGUGCUGCCAGGUCAUCCACAAAGCCUGAAAUCUCAGAUCAAAACAUUAGCAACGGUCCUAGCAACCCCCGGGGCCUGGAUUGAUUUCAGUCUGCCCGAGUGGCGAUUCCGCGCCGGUCAAAUCCUGUGGGAGACUCCUCCUCAUGGAGAUGGAGAUUGCGUGGAGUCUAAUGAUUGUUCUGCUGGGACGACUAAACAACCGUGGGUCAAUGCUGGCAUGGAGCGAAAGUGGCUGCUCAUUCAGAUUCUCCUGGCUGCAGAGCUUCUGUUCCGUCUCGAUGCUUUCGUUCGCGUAGGCAUGUUGCAUGAUCCCCAUGGAGGCCUGAUAACGACGCAAGAGCUCCAUCAUUUUGAUCAACUUCGAGAGGGAAAAGUGAACUGGGAUCUCAUCUUUGUGCGCCGCUUCCUCGACAAUCUCGAUAUUACUUGCGAUUCGACUCCAUCCUCGCCAGCCGGUGGUAGCUCGUCAUCGUCAACGAUCGAAAAGCUGCCUACGAAACCCCGUCGCUUUUCUCUUUUCGAUUCCAUCACUCGUCGCAUCUCGUCUAUGCAGGAGGCUGACGUGCGGUCUGCUUGGGAGUGUCGUAUCAGUUCCCCGUAUGUGCGGCAACAGCUGGAGGGCUUGUAUGUCUUUGCGGAGAACAUUGGUUGGCCGAAGGUCGCAGCUCUCAGAUCCCACUUUGAACAGAUAUGCCAAAGUGGAAAGGACGUGUUCACUCCAGUGGUGAAUACAGAUGACCUGUCCAGCCAUGGGACAAGAUCUGAAGACGUUAUCAAGACUACCCUGGUGAAAAACGAUAUGUACACCCGCAGUCGGUGCCGUCGCAGCGUUAAGCUGCGGAGUUUGUCUGACGAGGACAAGGACCCUCAUGCAUCUGAAGUCCUUGGCUGGAUCUCUCGAAGCUGGCUUUCAGGUCUCGUCAUUCCUGGCGAGGCAAUCUGCCAUCUGCUGAUUGGAACGCUCUUGGAAAAUGAUGCCGAUGCGAUCGAACGACUGGGGCCUACAGCAAAUCUCUACGGCGGCUUUGUCUAUGAUAGUCGCAGUUAUUGGAGCAAGGCCAGUAUUGUGGGACGUGUUCUAUCUAGCCUAGAUGGAGCCAGAACUUGUAUGGGCUGGGUGGGCAGCGAUGUUCUUCCCCGCGACGAGACGACGUUUGAGCCACUGGCCGACGGUUGGCUCGAAGUCCCUAUGCAAAAAGCCCUUCGCGGUCCUGGAAAGUCGCGCAUCAAGCAAGGUGGGAAAUUGGCAAUGGAGUCGACGCCGCUCGGAACGGGAGACAUUACGGCAGACUCGUUUACACUGCCGGUCGAUCGACCUGCAUCUGCGUCUACGCCAGAGGUGAAACUGAUCAAGUUGACCUUGUCGGUUCGCUCCCAAUGCAAGCGAGGCCUCACGGUCAGCGAUCAGGCUUCGUUAUCCUUCUCCCUCCAGAGCGCAGACGUAUCAUCCCCGACUACAGCCUCGUUCGCACUGAGUUAUAAUGUGCGCUUCAUUUCCGCCCACGAGUGUCGGCGACCACGGGGUGUUGCUGCCCGCCACAAGGACUGUUCUGGUCUUCACGACAAGCAGCAGGAGGAGUCGGCGACACCUGACUGGAACCAGUUCAAGCGUCUACCAGGUCACCCACUACACCGGUCAUUCCGAUACCAACAUGUUUCCCUUGACGCUCUCCCACAACUCCCCGCACCGACCCCCGCACUUGAUGGAGAUCCCGAGUUUCUAGUUAUCGAUGCGCGCGGAUGCCGAGUGAACGAGACUUUCGCACGGGCAUGGUGCGCCUCCGUUGGCUGCCAUGCUCUGAUCGGUCGCGUGGGGAGGACGUGCGUGGCUUGUUGUGUGAGGGAGGCAAGGGCAAUCGAUGUACCGGUGGUGGUGCGAGUGGGCGAGUGA